GAGCAUGGUAGUCCUGCUAGUGCUAGGCCUGGUGCCGAGUCUUGCUGCUGCGCAGUUCAACUGGGAAAUCAUUUCUCAGAAGAACUACAACAUGGCCAAGAUUUCCGGGAUCUGGUACUCUAUUUUCAUGGCCUCAGAUAACAUGACACGCAUUGAAGAAAACGGAGACCUGAGGGUCUUCAUGCGGAACAUCAACCCCUUAAAGAACGGCAGCCUGAAGUUUGACUUCUUUUUCAUGGUGCAUGGAGAAUGUGUAGCUGUGACCAUGGUGUGUGAAAAGACAGAGAACUACGGGGAGUUCACCGUUGCCUAUGAGGGAGAAAACAGGGUGCUGCUCACGGAGACUGACUACAGAAUGUAUAUCACCUUCUACAUGCAGAACAUCAAGAAUGGGACCAAGACCCAUGUGCUGGCGCUCUAUGGACGCCUCCCAGUGCUUAGCAGUUCUUACCUGGAAAGAUUUGUAAACAUCUGCAAAAAAUACAGGCUGAAUGCACAAAAUAUCAUCGACUUGACCAACAAAGAUGUGUGCUUCCCUAGACGAUAGAAGAGCUAGUCAGGCCUUCUGCCCAGAGCCCAGAGAUCCAGGCAAUGCGGAGCCAGCACUGGACAUCCUGGUCCUGAUGCUAGCCUGUGGUCACAUCUCCCUACUCUCUGCCUCUGUCUUCACACGACCUUCUGUGUCUGCAUCUCCUCCUCCAUCAUUAGAUCUAAGCCACCCAGGCAUCCCAACUGAUCUCACCCGAUGUCUGAAGACUCUUGCCAAUAAAGUCCCUCCUUUGGUCUCAGCAUG